AUGUGGAUUGAAUCAACUGUUGCACCAAUAGAAGGAGCAGUGGCUUUCCUCACAUUGCUAGGAGUCCUCUAUUGCAUAUGGAAGAAGAGAAGAGCUUCUUCUACAUGCACCAACCUUGUCGAUCACGCGAUAAUCGAGGUCAUUACUGACUAG